AUGUAUUCGAUCGACCAAGAGACCGCCUACAGUAUCAACACACAUAGACUGGACAACAUAUACGGAAUGACUUACAGUGUUGCUGACGAGCCUACCAACUUUCAUCAAAUGAUAAACAUCGUGCAUCGUACCACCAAUCACCAAAUGUCCCAAGACUCGGUAUUCGUCAAGGCUGCAGACUAUCGUCCUCGGGAUAUCCUUCUAGGGUGA